AUGUGUGUGAAGAGUGUCACUGGCAGUAAGAUUUUGAGGAUUCUCAAGGCUCAUGGGCUUGCUCCUGAGAUUCCUGAGGAUCUGUACCAUCUCAUCAAAAAAGCUGUUGCCAUCCGGAAGCAUCUGGAGAGGAACAGAAAGGACAAGGACUCCAAAUUCAGGCUGAUUCUUGUUGAGAGUAGAAUUCACAGACUUGCUCGUUACUACAAGAAGACCAAGAAGCUCCCUCCUGUCUGGAAAUAUGAAUCUACAACAGCUAGCACUCUUGUGGCUUGA